ACCAAUGGGAUAUAUCCGACAGCAUAUCAUAACGGGUCUCACAAGGUGUGGUGGCAAAGCUGCCGGUUACAUUCACUUUACCUGUGUUUCUGUUAUUCUUUCUCUCCGGUUGUGAUUAACUUAUCAUUGGAGGGAUUGGACAUUUCGAAAAGCUACCCCAACCUCAACUCCAAGGGAGACACACAAGAUGGCGACAACGCCGUCAGCGCCGACACAGGUUAUUCUGACCUGUGUCCUAAUGCUGCUGACAUGUAUACAACUAACAACACAGCAAGUCAGUUUUUACAACACUUGCCAAGAUGCAUCAGCUGUGGGAACUUUGAGCGUGUCUAUAAAGGAAUCAGAUACUCAGGCAGCGAUUGAUGCUUCACCAACAGAAUACAGAGCUGGACUCAGCUUGGCAGGCAAUACAAAUAGUAUUGGGCUUCAGUUUGAUGCCAAUGCUGCUGCUAAGCUUCCUCCUGGGGAGUACUUUGAUCUGGAGUCUGGCGUCCGAAGUGGCAGCUUAACUGGAAGGGAAUGGUUCCUGAGACUCAAGAAGCCCAUUAACAGAGAUGGUGAUCGUCCAGAUUCACUUGAUGACAAUACUGUGUUUGAGUAUACCCUCCAGUGUACAGACCUCACCAUAAACACUAAUGGACAAGCUUUUUUCAUCUUGCUGAGGGUUCAGAUUUUGGAUGUCAACGACAACAGUCCAGUGUUCAAAAAUGCUCCCUACGCUGUCUCUGUCAAUGAGCUUACUCCAAUUGGUACAACAGUGUUUCGAGAUGUUACAGCCACGGACUUGGACUUCGAUUUCAACAAGAACAUUGUGUUUGAUAUUCUUCCUACUGCAGGAUCAGAUAAAUUUGCUAUUGAUAUCCCAUCCUUGGGAUAUGUGACAGUCAAAAAUACUCUGGAUUUCGAGGUCCUGAACGCAGCUGGAAACACCAACUACGUCCUGUCAAUCAGAGCAAGGGAUUCGGCUGUACCACCAGAGGUUCAAAGAAGCAGUACAACCACCCUGAACAUCACAAUAACAGAUGGAGACGACCAGAAGCCUAUCUUUGAAUAUCCAACAUGUUACACUGAUACUGCAAAUAAAUGUUUCAACCCAUCCUACUCAGCAUCCAUCGUAUCGGGACAGUCGCUUGGCGAAGUUUCUGUAUUUCCAAUUCCUGCUUCCAACCCCAAUGUUGCCAUCAACAUCCAGGCCAGGGAUCAGGACACUCUCAACAGCCCCAUUACCUUCACAGUGGAACUGACUGAACCUCGUGGAUAUGAGAAUAGAUUUCAAGUGGCGAGUGAGCAAAUCCCAGGUACCAGCACCUACAGAGCACGGCUUCAGUUGGUAGCAGCCAUUGACAGAAGUCAAGUUAGAGAUCUGAAAGUCAUCAUUCGGGCACGGGAAUCCUCUGCCAAUGCGCGAUACAACCGUGCUGUUGUGUAUCUGACUGUGGCCCAAGCAAACAAUAACCCACCCUCUGUGUCAACAUCCAUCGGCUCUCCGAUUGGGUACAUCCGAGAAGAUGCUCUGGCCCGAGCUUUUGUCAAAGACCAGCCGCUUCAAAAUCCUCUAAAGCUUGUAGUUACAGAUGCAGAUAUUGCUGCUGGAGACACCCCCCAGAGGUAUACAUAUGAAGUUACACCGUCAAGUCCAUUCUUUGUGGAUAACGAUGGUUUCCUCCGAGUAACAGCUGGAAACUUGGAUUAUGAGUCUGUGCAACAGUACACAUUUAAUGUGAUUGUGCGGGAGCAGGACACCACACAGCAGCGCUCAGGAAGCAUCAGUCUGACAGUCAAUGUUGUGGACAUCAAUGACAACACUCCAUUCUUUGUUGGAAUCCCGUACAGUAGAUCUUUACCUGAAGGGGACUACACACAAGGAGCUGGAGAAUUUAUUGCCCAGGUACAAGCCCAGGACCGUGACUCAGUGGACACAAGUAUUACGUAUGAGAUUCAGAGCGUCUCUAGCGGAGGUGCUGGCAAGUUUACGAUAAGUAGUACCAAUGGACAGUUGCUUCUUCGGGCCGUGGUUGGAAUUGGUGAGGAGUACACGAUCAUUGUCAAUGCUACUGACAGCACCGUACCAAAAAGGAGUGCCUCAGUACCUGUCUAUGUCACAGUAACAUCCUCUGGCAACAAAGACCCCCAGAUUCCAGCAGGACUGUACACAGUCUAUGUCAGUGAAGGCAUUGAUGCUAACAGGGAUAUCUUCACUAUACCGGCUACAGAUCCAGAUAAUCAGCCUCUUACAUUUUCCAUUAUUAAUGGAAAUAAUGGCAAUACAUUCUCUAUAAACAAUGACGGCAUUGUGAGCAACCGUGUGACACUUAAUCGAGAGACAGUACCAGAGUACAACCUCACCAUCACUGCUGCGGAUCUCGGAUCUUCUCCAGCAUCCACUGUGUUGAGAGUCAUUGUCACCGAUGUCAACGACAACUCCCCAGUCUUCCUCAACAGUAUCAAUAAUAGAUACUUCUUCAAUGUCCAGGAGGCUCAAACACCCCCUGCUACAGUUGGAAAUGUUGCUGCUGUGGAUGGUGACCAGAGUGGUACACCCCAGGCGACUGUCAUAUAUGACAUGGUUGGACAAAAUUCGUUCUUCCGUAUUGAUGGUCAGACUGGUGCUAUUACCACACUUGUUCCUCUGGACUUUGAGACCCAGAAACAGCAUGAGUUCACAGUGAGGGCCAGUGACUCAGGGGCUUCACCCAGGGCAAAUGUAGCAACAGUUGUUGUCAGUGUCAUUGAUACACAGGACAGCAUACCACUGUUUGUUAACGUUGACUAUGAAGGAUCGAUACAAGAAAACCUCAACGGAACAUCUGUCCUCACAGUUUCGGCAAUUGAUGCAGACCAGACAGACAACAUUGUCUACCAGUUUGCUGGCGGAGAGUUCCAAUCAUUUUCCAUCAACCCAUCAACUGGUGUCAUCAGUACUGUCAUACCACUAGACUACGAAACUAAGAACCUGUACACUUUGACCGUGACAACAUCUGAUGGGGUGAACACAAACACUCUGUCAUCCACUGCCACUGUCACCAUCAGUGUUAUUGACCAAAAUGACUUUACCCCAGUGCUUAGAACCACCAAUGGUGUUGAUGCUAUCACAGUAUUGGAGAAUCUAGCUAUCAGUGAACAGCUGGUAGACAUUGAUGCAGCGGACAAUGACCCACCGAACACCCCUAACAGCCGUGUGAUGUUCAGUAUCGGCAGUGUGGUACCCACCUCUGGCAGACCACUGUUCUUUAUCAACCCCACCACAGGACAACUUGUGUUGAGCAACCCAUUCACCGAUGAUCCUGGUGUACCUACAUAUACGGUCACCGUCGUAGGCACCAAUGAAGGAACGCCACAACGAGCUGGAGUUAUCACUAUAACAGUAACGGUGAUCAGGAACACGGCGCCUGUCUUCAACCCCACUACUCUCCAGGCUAAUAUUGAUGAGAACAGCAUCACUCAGGUUGUUCCCGUCAUCACAGCCACUGCCACUGAUACUGACACUGCUAGCCCCUUCAAUGAGCUGACCUACACACUACGUGGUGAUGGACCUGCUAUUGAUUAUUUCCAAGUCAACUCUGCUAGUGGAGAAAUUCAAACCCGAGCCUUGCUGUCGUCAACUACUGAUAGAUCAUUCACUCUUCGUAUUCGAGCAACCGAUGGCGGUGGACUGUAUGCUGACUUGCAGAUUGAUCUUACUGUCAACAAGAAUCUCAAUGCACCCAGUCUGAAUCAACAGAACUACACUCAGACCAUCUUUGAGAAUCGUGCUUUGGGAUCUGCCAUUGUUACUAUCAGGGCUACUGAUGCUGAUAGACAGCCCCCUCACAAUCAGCUGUCUUACAGUAUAACGGGAGAUGCCACUGCUCAGCAGUUCUUUGCUGUCAACAGUCGGGGUGAGAUCUACCUUAUUAGAUCUCCUGCAGAAAACCAAGCUAUCAGCGCAUUUAAUAUGAUCGUGGAUGUCCGUGACCAAGGCCUUCCAACCAACAGGCCAGCAAAUCCCAACCCAGCCUAUGUCAUCAUCAAUGUAAUACGCAAUGCCAACCCACCCGUCUUUUUCACUAGAGAAUACAACCGGGUCAUUCCAGAGAACACAACAAUAGGCCAGUCUGUUGAAAGAGUAGUCGCUACAGAUGCUGAUACACAGGGAAACUUUGGUACACUGAGAUACAGCAUUAUUGGCGAUGGGACUGCUGAUGACAUCUUCCAAAUAAACGAGAACAGUGGAAUUGUUUCAGUGAAAACAAGCCUGACAACCACACCCAUCAAUGACUUUACAGUCCGUAUUGUGGCACAAGAUGGCGGAUCCCCUCCACGGUCUGCCACAGCACUGCUGUAUGUAACAGUUACAAGAAACUUUGCACGGCCAAUUUGGAGUUCUGCAACUUAUGCGACUAGCAUCCCAGAGACAGCCCCAGUCCUUGAGAAUAUCCUGCGUGUCACAGCCACAGAUAGCGAUGCUCAGCCCCCCAACAAUGAAGUGUCCUAUGAGCUUGUAGGAGAUGCCAUUCAACUGUAUUACUUUGAGAUUGUCAGUUCCACUGGCGAUAUCCGUCCCAGGCGUCCGCUCACACUGGAUACAUCCAGAAGAAGUCGGUUUGAUUUUGUUGUGAACGCUCGAGAUAACGGCAGCCCACGUCUCAGUGCUGCAUUCAAUGCCACUGUGACAAUAUCAGUGUACAGAAACAACAAUGCCCCUCGGUUCAUCCAGGAUCCCUACUCCAUUACAGUAAAUCAGGGCCUAGGCAGCGGCACGGUGAUCUCUGUCAGGGCAGUUGAUGAUGACCCUACUACUGAAUUCAACCAGAUCACAUAUUCCAUUGAGGGUCCAGCAAACGCUCUAGCUCUGUUUACAAUCGAUGGGUCAGGCAAUAUUCAGCCAACAAACCCUGCAGCUAUCAACAGUGCCUCUCAGACAAGUUAUAAGAUUUAUGUGCGAGCCGAGGACAAUGGCAGUCCCAAACUGUAUGACAUUGCCCUUGUUGAGCUCACCAUCAACCGGAAUCUGAACCCGCCAAUCUUCAACCCAGUCAGCUAUGAAGAGACCAUUCUGGAGACCAGGCCAAUUGGAGACGUUGUUGUCAGAGUGACAGCUACCGAUGCUGAUAACCAAAACCCAAACAAUGAGAUUACAUUUUCUGCCUUUGGAUCCGGCCUGGCCUUUUUCAAUGUCAACAGCCAGACAGGAGAAGUAACAGUUGUCAAUAACCUUGUCCAGGAUUCUACCACAAGAUAUCAGCUGACAAUCCAAGCUCAAGAUAAAGGUGCCAGCCCUCUGUCGUCAGCCCAGCCUGCAUCUGUCACUAUCAACGUUGUGAGGAACCAGGCCUCCCCAGUGUUUGUACAGACUCCUUACGACACCACUGUGUUGCGAACAGCAGGAGCCAACACACCAGUUGUCACUGUAACUGCUACUGAUGCCGACACAAGGAGUCCCUACAAUGAAGUCACAUAUGGUAUUGCCAGCAUGACUGUCAACAGAUUCCAAAUCAACCCAUCAACAGGGGAGAUAACUCUCACACAAGCUAUUGCCUCAGAUUCUCAGGCUCAAUAUGGGGUAACAGUUUUCGCACAAGAUGGAGGAAACCCAAGGCGUGUGACCUACAACACAUUUACAGUGGGAGUUGAUCGUAACCUAAAUGCACCAUUCCUUAUAAAUCCCUCUGGACCAAACUUUGAAAAUUCCACCACAGUACUGGAAACUAUUGGAUUUGAUUACCUUAUCUAUGAUGUGGAUGCCUUUGAUGCAGAUUUAUCGGACCCAUACAGGUCUCUACGCUUCUCCAUCAUUGGAGAAAAUACUGCUCCAACCUACUUCCUGAUAAAUCGCGACAGUGGUGAGAUCCGUCUCAAGUCCUCUCUGCUUCAGGACACCCUCCAGACUCUCCAGUACAGACUGGUUAUAGCUGUAACAGAUGGUGGCGAUCCACCUAGGCCUGCCCCUACCACUGCCACCAUUACAGUUAAUGUCAUCCGCAAUCUGAAUACUCCACGCUGGGUCAAUGAGCCUUACAGUGCCACGAUUGAUGAGACAAUUGGUCAAAAUGUCAACAUUGUCAAUGUCCUGGCAGUUGAUGAUGACACGAAUGCAUUCAACCGUGUGAGCUAUGCAAUCAUCGGAGACGGCACUGCAUCAGCAUACUUCGACGUGACGCAAGGAGGUACUAUCAUCAGAAAGCAGUCACUGCAAAGUGUUUCUGACACUCGGUUCUAUUUGAGAGUUGUUGCCUCUGACAAUGGUGUUCCUCCUAAGACCAACACAACUGUGGUGUCAGUCAUCAUCAAUCGCAACCUGAACACACCUACCUUCUCUCAGCUGUUGUUCACAACAGAGAUUGAUGAAACUACAGAAGUAGGCACGGCAGUUCUGAGGAUCUCGGCCACUGACCAGGAUUCCGUGCCCCCAUACAAUACAGUGGAGUUUGCCCAGAUUCCCAACAGUGCGACUGGUCUCACAUUCUUCAGCCUGGAGGCUGAUACUGGUAAUGUUGUUCUGCGAAGACCACUAACAGGGAACCCCGAUCUUGUGUAUGAGUUCCAGGCUCUUGUACGUGACAAAGGUGUGCCAUCCCUAGAGCAGGCACAGAGAGCAACUGUGAGAAUCACUGUCCGUCGCAACAACAAUGACCCCUUGUUUGUUGGCAGUCCCUACUCAGUUACCAUCAAUGAGGAUCAAACAGUGGGGUCACAAAUCCUCCCUGUCGUUGUACAGGACUCAGAUGUUAACAAUCCAUUCAACCAGGUGACACUUCGUGUGAUUGGUGAUGAGAAAGGACCUUUAUACUUCGGUUUGGCUAAUAAUCAAAUCAAUGUCUCAAGGGACCUUACCUUGGACACAGGAAAUGAUCUUCGUUAUACUCUGCGCAUUGAAGCAAGAGAUGGAGGCUCGCCUGCCCGCUCUGCCACAGCGUUAGCUUACAUAACUGUCAACAGGAACCUGAGACCUCCAGUGUUCACUACCCAGGAUUACAGUGCAAGGAUACCCGAGACACAACAGCUUGCCGUCUCUAUUGUACAGGUUCAGGCAACAGAUGGAGACAGAGUCGCCCCUUACAACACGGUGCAGUAUGAGAUCAGCAGCCUGUCUUCCAGUGCUCUAGGAAGGCAGUACUUUAUGGUCGACCCGAACACUGGUGUUGUCAGUGUGAGGCGCAACCUGGAAACAGAUACCAGCGAUACAUCUGUAUACAGGUUUGUUGUUGAUGCGAUAGAUGGGAGUGGAGUGAGGGCAGCACUGCCUGCCAAUGUUGAAAUCACUGUGGACAGGAAUCUCUUUCCGCCCGAGUUCAUUACCACCAACUACACAGCUGUCAUCAACAACACCACGCCACAGAACUCACCAGUCUUCACUGCUUUGGCCACUGAUAGGGAUUCUCAGAACCCCUUCAAUGUGGUGCAAUACAGCAUCAUAGGGGAUGAUGGGAGUCAGAGCUACUUCACCAUAAAUCCUGGCAGUGGUGAGGUUACACUUGCACAGCCAGUGUUUAGCAUCCCGAAUACACAGUUCAGGGUGCGACUCCAGGCAAAGGAUGGCUCAGGUCUCACUGAUGUAGCAGUACUCACUGUGUACAUUCAGAGGAACCUCUUUGCUCCUGUUUUCUCUCAGACAACUUAUGAGAGAGUCAUUCAGGAAACCACUCCUGUGUCCACAAGUAUCCUCAACCUGUUUGCCCAGGACAGUGACCAAACGGCUCCCUACAGUACAGUCAGCUACUAUACAAGUGGCUCAUCAGACAGAUUCCUUGUGGAUGUCAACAAUGGAGUUGUAUCUGUUCGACGCUCACUUAUUGGUGAAUCUGGACAGACUUUCACAUUCCAGGUGUAUGCUCAGGAUGGCGGUACCCCUCCACUGCGUAGUCAGUUUGCCACAGUUCGCAUCAAUGUGACACGGAACAACUUUCCUCCUGUGUUUAUCAAUGAGCCAUACAGCCAGUCGCUGCUGGCAACCGCAAGUGCAGGAGAUGGUGUAGUCCGAGUUUCAGCCUCUGAUGCAGAUACUGAGUUUCCCUUCAAUGAUGUAAAGUAUGAUAUCAUUGGCGACGACAAUGCUCAAAACAUCUUCCAGAUCGAUGAGUCCAGUGGUCAAAUUUCUCUUCGCAACACCUUUGGUGGUGAUGGUGCUGAGCUUUACCGGAUCCGAGUACGAGCACGAGAUGGUGGCAACCCACGUCUGUCAGACAUCACUGUUGUGUCCGUCAAUGUAACCCGUAAUCUCCGUGCACCUGUUUUCAACACCCCCUCUUACACUGCAAGGAUUCUGGAGAUCACAAACUUUGGGGAAGUUUUCGUAUCAGUCUCAGCUCAAGACUCGGACACAUCGGCCCCCAACAAUGUAUUGGCUUACCAGCUAACGGGUAACUCUGAAUGUCAACGAUACUUCGGCAUUAACACCAAUGGAGGCUUGUAUGUGCAAGCUGAUCUUGUCGCAGAUCCCACCAGGGCUUCACUCUACACUUGUCAAGUAUCAGCCCAGGACCAAGGCAAUCCUCGACGGGACUCCACCAACCAGGCCACAGUGAGCAUCAAUGUGAUCAGAAACACAGCCCCACAGUUCAUUGGUCUGCCAUACAAUGCUGUACUGCAGAGAAAUGUCACCACUGGCACUGUCGUCGGGACUUUCGCAAUCAGCGAUAGCGAUACAGAUGCACCUUUCAAUGAACAGAACUACAGGAUACUUGGUGAUGGCAAUGCCCCUGCCUUAUUCAACCUGAAUGGAAACAACGUAGUGGUUACUAGCGCAACUGACCUUGCUGCAGAAGCUCUCAGUUCAUAUACGGUUCGUCUUGAAGUGAGAGAUGGCGGACGGUCUGCCCUGUCAGCAACAGCUGUGAUGAACAUUCAAGUGAUCCGAAACCUUGCAACACCCAUCUUUAGUAAUUCGUUCGUUGAACGUAAUAUUAAUGAAAACUAUCCAGUGGGUGGACUCAUUACUAUCCUCAAUGCAACUGAUAAUGACCCUCAGGCUCCCAAUAACGUGCUGACAUAUCUAGCCCUUAACCCAAGCGGUCCAGAAGCUGAGUACUUUUACGUCAAUCCCAUCAAUGGAGAAGUUCGUACACAGAAGUCUUUCAUUGGGUCAGCAGUCAGGCAGUUGGAUUUUUUGGUGAGGGUCCAAGAUGGUGGUAGCCCCCCCAAGGCAGCUAUAGCUACAGUGCGUGUUAAUGUGGCUCGUGAUGACCAGUCACUGGCUUUCCGGCAGACCAACUACGUGUAUACGAUUGUGGAGAACACCCCUGUCACAACCAAUAUCCUCAAUGUUGAGGCAAUACCAGGGCCUGAUGUGACAUACCGACUUACUGGCUACAGUGAUUCGGGAGAUUUCUUCAGUGUCAACCCUAGUAAUGGGCAGAUAACUCUCAUCAAGGACCUCACAACAGAUGUUUCAAGGCGGACAACUUUCUAUCUUCAAGUUGAAGCAGAUAAGCAGUUCACCGUCAACCUUCAGAAGGCCACUUCCAAUGUCACCAUCACAGUGACAAGGAAUCCAAAUGGUCCUGUCUUCAAUGAAACUGACAGCAUCUAUGAGGUGACAAUUGAUGAAACCCGUGAACUGGGGUCGACAAUCCUUCAACUGUAUGCUCCUGAUGCUGAUCGGGAUACAGUUCGCUAUGAAGUGAUAAACUACCAGACUGGAGAGACAGAUUUCUUCUACCUAGGACCUUUCAGCGGCCUUGUUCGUGUUGCCAAACCUUUGACAUCCACCAACACCAGGAGGUUUGAGUUCACAGUUCGGGCAAGGGAUGGAAUGAAUCCAGAAAGAUCCUCAACUGCCAGCGUCAUUGUCACUGUCCAAGGUGACAACCAGCCACCAGCAUUCAUCAAUGAACCAUAUGUUUCUGGGAUCAACUUCAAUGAUCCUGUUGGAACCCGUGUGUAUACUGCACAGGCAAUGGAUCCUGACAUGAUUGGAGCAAUGAAUUACGAGCUGACUGGACAGUACUUAUCAGCACCAGCCUUUUUCCGUGUGGACAGAACGUCGGGUGAAAUAUUCCUGUCUCAGUCAAUAGCUGCAGAGAGUGCUUCCUCAUACACCCUUGGCCUGUCCACAUUUGACUCUUCUCGCCCUAACAGAAAAGACUUGACCAACCUGACCAUCACAGUAAAUAAAAAUCCCAAUGCUCCAGUUUUCACAACGGCAUCCUAUGACAGAACGAUCUCAGAGACAUACGAUCUUGGUGUGUCUGUCAUCCAGAUUGAAGCCAGUGACCAAGAUGGACAAACCCUGAGCUACUCAGUAGAGGCGGCGACUCCCGCAGGCUGUGAUUCCUACUUCCUGCUUGGAGCUUCAGGCCUCAUAGUCGCUUCACGUGCUCUCACAACCUCCACGUUUCCCCAGUGCACGUUGAACCUGAGAAUCCAAGACAAUGGUGUUCCUGUGAGACAGAGUGCUGGUAUCGCCACAGCAACAAUCAGGAUUGAUAGAAACCUCAAUGCUCCUGUAAUUGGAGGUGGUCCAUAUACCAGAACCAUUCCUGAGAAUCAAAAUGUUGGAUUUACAGUCUUCCAGAUCCAAGCCAGUGAUGCUGACCAAGCAAACACUGCAUUCUCACAAUUGGAAUACAGUUUGAUUGGAGAUGACAAUACUGGCAAUUUCUUUGAAAUCAACAGCCAGACUGGUGUGUUCACAGUCCGAAGUCCUCUUGACAGGAAUAAUAUAGACAGAUAUGUGGCACGAGUGGUUGUAAAGGAUGGUGGAUCUCCAAGAAGGAGUGCUUCUAUCACUGGAAUUGUUACUAUUUUGAGGAACCUCAAUGGUCCUGUAUUUGACAGAAGCUUUUAUAAUGUGACCAUUUUCGAGACUCAGGACCUUACUGGCAGUAUUGAGCGUGUCACAGCAACAGAUGCAGACAGAGCUGGUCCUCAGAGUGAAUUCACCUUUUCACUGUUAGACUUGACCGGGAACUUUGCCUCCACAUAUUUCCGAAUUGAUGCAUCAAGUGGCAAUAUCUAUGUUCGCUUGCCUCUCACCCAGGACCCGUCGGACAUUCCUUCUGUUGAGUUCUCAGUUGGAGCCACUGACCAAGGUGUACCACCACAAACAUCCACGCCAAAUGCACGUGUGCGUGUCAACAUUAUCCGCAACCAAUUCCCCCCUGUCUUCCAGAAUGAGCCCUACACUGCAAGCAUUGAUUUCACUGCUCCCACUAACUCCCCAGUGACAAAUGUGCUUGCUACAGAUGCUGACACCAGUAGUCCCUAUAAUGUGGUCACAUAUUCUCUGAUUGGUGAUGGUGUGGCGCUCAGCUUGUUUUCAGUGAAUCCUGGCAGUGGAGCCAUCAGUACUCGAACUACCCUUUCUUCUGAUAAUAGAGAACAAUAUGUGCUUCGACUUGUGGCCACUGAUGGAGGAACUCCACAACUCACAGACACAUCAACAGUGCUAGUAACUGUAAACAGGAACUUGAAUGCACCACGAUUGCAGCCUCAAAACUACAGUGUGGAAAUUUUGGCCACACAGACUAUCUCCAUACCCAUCCUCACCAUCAAUGCUGUUGAUAGUGAUGCCCAGGCACCAUAUAACACAAUAGUGUUCAGACCAACAUCAAGUGCAUUGUUCAAUGAGUACUUUGGUGUGGAUCCUUCAUCUGGGGCUGUGUAUGUUAAGAAAGAUCUAGGCCUCCGGUCCGAUCUGUCAAGUUACGUAGGCACUGUGUCAGUGUGUGACUCAGCCUCCAGUCCAAGAUGUUCUGAUGCCCCAUCCUAUGUGACCAUCCUUGUGAAACAUAACCUCAACACACCUCUCUUCAUCAAUGAGCCAUACAGAAGAGACCUCCAGCGUUCUCUUGGUGCUGGCACAGGGGUGUUGACAGCUCAAGCAGUUGAUCGGGAUGAUCCUACAACAAUCUUUGGUCAGAUUCGUUACACCCUCAUUGGUGAUGACCAAGCCCCUAACUUCUUCAGUAUCAACCCCACGACUGGACUUGUUGAGAUCAGCAAUGAACUGGGUCAAACCUCGGACAAUCUGUAUCAGCUGCGUAUCCAGGCGUGUGACCUUGGUGGUCUGUGUAACCGAACCACUGCCAUUGUGACCAUCACCACGAACUUCCAGGCCCCCAUCAUCUCCCCGGCUACCUAUACUGAGACAGUACUAGAAACUCUCUCACUAGGAACACCCAUCAUUGAUGUCAAUGCUACAGAUGCCGACCCAACGGCACCCAACAACCAGAUUACAUACGUGAUAUCUGAUGGCCCCGAGGAUCUGGAAUGUUUCACCAUCAACCCUGACACUGGUGUCAUCACUGCAAGACGCUCAUUACUCUAUAAUCCAUGCACAGCUUCAGUUUACUCUAUGCAAGUGGUGGCCCGUGACCGUGGUUCCCCAUCGCUGGACAGCACUCCUGCUUCUGUGACCAUCAAUGUACGGCGCAACGACUUCCCUCCAGUUUUCAACAAUGAGCCAUAUACAACCAAUCUGCGGGAAGAUGCCAGUGUGAAUGAUCCUGUCUUCACAGUAAAUGCCGUGGACAGGGAUCUUGUUGCUCCUUUCAACACCAUUCAGUUUACUCUCAUCGGUGAUGACACAGCUCCUGUCUACUUUGAUAUCCGUCAAACUGAUAACAACAAUGCACAGAUUUUCGUCAAAGCACCGGUCUUGAAUGAUGACAAGACAACUUAUAUUGUGAGAGUCCGAGCUGCUGAUGGAGGUAUUCCAAGCAAGUCCGACACGACCACUGUUCGCAUCACAGUCAACAGGAAUCUGUUUGCUCCUCGCUUUGAUCCAAUUGAUUACAACAUCACCAUUUCCGAGACUCAGGCUUUGGGAUUGUCCAUCUUCCAAGUGACUGCUACUGAUCGCGACAGCAAGUCUCCCCACCGUGAUGUACGAUAUGAAGCAACGGGAGAUGGCACUGCACUCACAUACUUCAACAUCUUUUCCGAUAGUGGUACUAUGUAUGUACAGAGAGACCUACGCACUGAUACACAGAAAAGGACCAGAUAUACUUUCACAAUCAGCAGUCGUGAUCUUGGUGUUCCUUCACUCUCUGGUUCCAAUUUCGCCACAGUAACUAUUAAUGUGUUGAGGAAUCUGAAUUGCCCUGCAUACUCAACACUCCCAAGGAGCGUAACCAUCAAUCAGACAGACAUUGGGCAGUUCUUUGAUGUUGAUGCUACUGAUGCAGACUCUUCGAAUGACUACAACACAGCAUCCAUCAGGUACCAGAUUGUGGGGGAUGACAAUGCCAACAACUUCUUCAGUAUUAAUCCUUUAAGUGGCCAGAUCAGUGCGCUAGCCUCCAUCAGCACUGAUACCUCCUAUGUGUACAGAAUUCGGGUAAAUGCAGCUGAUGGUGGUUCCCCGCCAUGUGCCACUGUUGCAGUCUUGACUGUCAACGUACGCCGAAACCUCAAUCCUCCAGUCUUCACACAACAGAAUGUUGUUGCCACUAUCCUUGAGACUCAUAGUGUAGAAGCACAGGUCUCAAUCCUCCUUGCAAGAGACUUUGACACAGGCACUGGAGCCGUAGUGUCCUAUGGAUUUGAAGCUUCCUCACAAUGGCAGAAUUUGUUCAGGAUUGAUGCCAACUCUGGAACUGUGUUCCUUCGUAGAAGACUCAUUAGUGUUACUGGGAACCAAUUUGUGAUGCAAUUUGUUGCAUCAGACAAUGGCAAUCCACGUCUGACAAGUACACCAGCAACACUGACAGUAAAUGUUCUGAGGAAUAACUUCCCUCCAGAGUUCUUACAAGAACCUUACAAUGAAAAUAUUCUCCGCAAUGCUGCAACCAACACUUUCGUAUCACGAGUUAUAGCAAGAGACAACGAUACUGUGUCUCCCUUCAAUGUAACAUCUUUCACAAUGAUUGGGGAUGAAAAUGCUAAUGCCUACUUCCGAAUUGACCCCAGCAAUGGGCAGAUCUACACCACCAGUUCCCUUGAUGCUGUUUCCACACCUGUGUUCAGUCUACGUAUAGUGGUAUCUGAUGGCGGAGAGCCUGCUUUGACUGACACUGCUGUGAUGCGUGUGUUUGUGAAUCGGAAUCUGGCCAGCCCUACGUUCAAUCAAGUCGUGUACCCAGUCCGAAUCCUGGAAAACCAGCUUGUAGGAUUGGAGCUGACCCCAGUCACAUGCACAGAUGCUGAUAACUUUGCACCAUACAACCAAGUGCGGUAUGCACUGACGGGCAAUAGCACUGUUCUUCAAUUCUUCCAAGUAAACACAGUCAAUAACAUUGGUACUGUGUCAUUGAAGAGAGCCAUCUCUGAUUACCCAGACAACACCGUCACACAACUUCAGUUCCAAGUGACGUGUGAAGAUCUUGGAAAUCCAAGCCAACCAGCCAGCAACUCUGCAACCGUCCUUGUGAAUAUUGUGAGGAAUACCGCACCAUUCUUUGAUGCUAUCCCAUACUCUACACUCAUCCCUGCUACACAAGGAGCAGGCACGUCUGUGUUCCAGGUGUCUGCCAGAGAUAAUGAUGUGGAUACCCCAUUCAAUCAAAUAUCCCUGGCUCUUUUGGGUGACUCCAAUACACCAUCCUACUUCGAUCUCAGUCCAUCAGGCCUUAUCUCUGUGAGAAACGGUGUCAACCUCACUACCGACACCAGGACUAGCUACAUUGCUCGUAUCCAAGUGCGUGAUGGAGGCUCCCCAUCUUUGACCUCAACAGCCUUGGUUGCUAUCUCAGUCACAAGGAACUUCUUUGCCCCAGUCUUCACAAAUUCUCGGGUGCAACAGACCAUACCAGAAACAACUCCUGUAGGCACCACAGUCACCAGUCUAACAGCCUCGGAUAGAGAUACUGUGGCUCCCAACGGUAACUUUCAGUACAGGCUUGUUGGUGGUACUGGCAUAGGUUUCUUCUACGUGGAUCCUAACAACGGACAGGUUGUCCUUCUGAAGUCAGUUCAAGGACUUUCCACUCAAAGAUUCUUCACGUUGAACGUAGAAGCACGGGAUGAAGGAACACCAUCUCUCUUUGCCACAGCCACCGUAGAAGUUACUGUCACUUUUGACAGUGACCAGCUGGUCUUUGCUUCUGGAGAAUACAACGUAACUAUCAAUGAGAACACACAAGUCAACACUGUCAUCACACAAGUACUGGCUCAACCACAGGCUGGUGUAACAUACACAGUGAUUGGCCUGAGCUCAGGACCAGACUUCUUCGCUGUGGACGGUUCUACUGGAGAGGUCCGUGUAAAGACCACACUGACUUCAGACACUGCUGAACUCACUGGCUACCGGUUGAGAGUAAGAGCAACUAGGACUGGAGUGACAUCACAGACAGCCUUCACAUCCGUCAACAUCAUUGUCAACAGAAAUAUUAAUACACCAGUGUUUGACAGAGCACAAUACCUCAUCACAAUACCUGACACCACUGGGCUUGGCAGUGUCCUUGACACCGUGAGAGCUGUUGAUGCUGAUGGGGAUGUGGUGGAAUACACCCUGAUAACUGGACAGCCAGCAUCAGAUUUCUUCCUGGUUGGGCCUCGUGAUGGAAGCAUCACCCUCAAGCAGACACUGAUAGGCACUACACAAAAUGUCUAUCAGUUUACCAUUCAAGCUGAUGAUCAGAAGGUUCCACGUCAGAAAACUUCAACAGUUCAAGUGACAGUGAACAUCACUCGUGAUGGAGGUGCUCCACUUUUCAUCAGAACCCCCUAUUUGGUGAACAUCCGAGAAGAUGUUGCAGAAAGUGCUAGCAUCUUUACCGUCACUGCUACUGAUAAUGACCUUAGGGGUCAGAUUGAGUUUGUGACCAUUGGACAAGGCGUAGCUGAAGCAUUCUUUACAUUGAACACCCAGACUGCACAGAAUCCUCGUGAGUCCUUUGUGAUUGUACGGGAUACCACAGCCCUGAGGAAUGAUGUCACACAACAGUAUACACUCAGAGUCCAGGCCUAUGACACUGCCUACCCCAACAACCCAGCUACAACUGAUGUCACCAUCAAUAUUGAGCGGAACCUGGCCAGCCCACAGUUUUCUAACCAAAGAUAUCAAGUGACCAUUUAUGCCACUCAGGCACUGGGUGUACCCAUAAUACAAGUGAAUGCUUCAGAUGCCGAUGGGGAUAAUCUGAUGUUCAGCAUAACAGGGAACAUUCAGUCCCAGGCAUUCUACAAUAUCAACCCAAUUACUGGGGAAAUCUAUGUGGAGAGGUCACUGUUGGAAGGCAAUCAGCUCAAUGAUCAGAUCAGCCUGCAAGUGCGAGACCAGAGGACUCCUGAAAAAUAUGGUACAGCCGAGGUUGAUGUCAUUAUCAAAAGAGACAGAUUUACUCCAGAGUUCCAGAAUCAGCCUUACAUUAGAACCAACUUCCCAUAUCGAUCAAAUGUUGGUGAUAAUGUUCUGACUGUUACUGCCACAGAUAGAGAUCUAGAGGGUACAAUUGUCUACGAAGUGACAGGUAUCUAUCCUGCUCCAUCAUUCUUCAGAGUAAACAAUGUGACUGGAUUGGUUGACCUCAACCAGCAGCUGACCACCAUCAGUGGAAACUACAGGUUACGUGUCACUGCAUAUGACAGCUUCUACCCUAACAAUGCAGCCACAUCAACAGUGACAAUCAGUGUUGAUACCAACCCAAACACCCCUAUAUGUAACCCUCCUGUUAUCAGCCAAGCUUUGGACACUGGCUCAUUAACACCAGUUGGAUUUGUUUUGGGGACUGUCAAUGCAACAGAUGCUGAUGGGGAUCGAAUCUCCUAUUCCAUUGUGAAUGGUGACCCUGAGGAUUAUAGAUUCUUCUAUGUAGACCAGACAAGUGGCAUCCUACGUCUCCGUGAACCAAUUGACAAUACCUUCACUGGCUUUAACUUCCAGAUUCAAGCCACAGAUAAUGGUAUUCCGACUGCCAAAGUGUGUACGUCGUUUGUUACUAUCACAGUGCAGAGGGAUGAUGCACCCUAUUUUGUCAACGAGCCAUACAGUAACAGCAUUGAUGAGACAAUCACUGUUGGUACUUCGGUAUUCCGAGUAGAAGCCCAAGACAAUGAUAUCAAGGGUCGCAUUGUAUAUGGCUUGAUUGGUGAUCUGCGUUCUCCCUACUUCUUUACUAUCAAUGACACAAGUGGCUUCAUCACUCUGAGGAACAGCAUACGAAUGGACUCCUUCAUGUCAUACAAGGCUAGAGUAACAGCAUAUGACUCAGGAUCAACGACACGUACUGCCACAGCAACUGUUGACUUUACAGUGAAUCGCAAUGCUGGCCAACCAGGAUUUGGUUUACCAAGCUAUGAUACAACCAUAGAGGAGCUGACAGCAGUGGGAACAAACAUCAUCAAUGUCACAGCCACUGAUCCAGAUCAAGAUGUCCUCCGCUACACUCUAGAGGGCAACCCAGUAUCAGUGAAUGGACUACAGUAUUUUGGCAUCAACUCCAAUACAGGCAGGAUUAGUGUCAUCCGACCACUGACUGCUGAUGUGGCCAAAACAUCUCAAUAUGUGAUGACUGUGCGUGUAUCAGACCAGAGGCAACCUGUUGAGAAAUCAAGCUCUGCACAAGUCACAGUUAAUGUUCUACGCAACCUGAACAAACCAUAUUUCAGAAACAACCCAUACUCUCGCCAGAUCUCGGAGUUAACCACAGUGUCCACUUCAAUCAUCACAGUCACUGCUGUUGAUGAUGACCUCAAGGGAGAGCUAAUUUUGGACGUGGUUGGAGAAGGAUCUGCGCCAUCUUACUUUAGCCUCACACCAGCCACACGAAUUGCUACAACCCGAAAUGCUCAGAUUGAUCUCAGGAACAGCAUACGCUCUGACAGAGGGCAGUUUCAGUAUGUGCUGGUUGUGAGAGCCUAUGACUCCUUGUAUCCACAAGAUUUUGUUGAAGAGCGUGUAGUUAUUGAUGUCACACGCAACGAAUUUGCACCUGAAUACAUCAACACACCUUAUCGCGUAACGAUUGAUGAGGACACACCAGUUGGCAGAGCAGUUAUUGAUGUGAAUGCUACAGAUCGUAAUGGGGAUCGUAUCUACUAUGCAGCAUAUGGAGAAGCAGACACCAUGCAGUUGUUCCAACUAGACCCAAGCAGUGGAGUAGUAACACUGAUCAAACCUCUUGUGCCUGGAAACAAAAUGCAGUACACGAUGAGAGUGAAUGCAACUGAUGGAGGUCUUCCUGAACGAUGGGCUCCAGUGGAGGUCAUCAUUACAAUCAGACGAGAUCAGUUUGCACCCAUAUUUAUAGGAAACUAUCAAACCAAUGUCUUUGAGACCCAGUCAUCCCCAUCAAAUGUGCAAGUUGUUGUACAGGCCACGGACCAGGAUGGAGUUGUUGGUCAGAUGGUAUACAAGGCUAUAGGCAUCUACCCAGCGUUGAGUUUCUUCGAGGUGGAUCAAACUUCAGGACAAAUAAGACUCAUCAGGGAUCUCAAGAUGGACUUCAGCAAACCCAACCCAUACUUGUUGGAAGUGACAGCUGAAGAUAGCGCAAGGCCAAGAAAGAAGGGGACAGCUACUGUCACCAUCAAUAUAAUCCGCAAUCCAAACACACCACAGUGGGGCUUGAACAGCUACUCUACCAACAUCCCAGAAGACUAUCCCGUCCCUGGAGGUGUAAUAAAUGUUACUGCAACUGACCUGGAUGUUGGGGACAAGAUAAGAUACAGUUUGAACUCGGAAGUGAUCCAGAGAGAUGUUAGUAUCGGUCCUGUUGGCUACUUCUACAUUGACACAGACACUGGACUCAUCACGCUGAGAAGAAGCGUCCUUGGGAGUGGAAUUAAUCAGUUCACGCUUGGUAUCACUGCCUGUGACAAUGGCUAUCCUGUUCGCUGCAUCAACACCACAGCAACAAUUUCCAUCAACCGUGAUGGUCAGUCACCCGUUUGGCAGAAUACCCCCUACACCAUUCAGAUCCAGGAGACUCAUGCUGUCAGCUCAUUUGUUUUGGCAGUCCGGGCUGUUGAUCCAGACUUGAAGCCUGGUAGCCAGGUGGUCUAUGAGUUUGUUGAUCGGCCUGCCUUCUUUGCCAUUGAUCGGGUAUCUGGGAACAUCACCCUGGAAAACAGUAUUCUCUAUGAUUCCAGCGUACAGUACAAUUUCCAAGUUCGAGCAUAUGACCGUUUGGAUCAGCCUCGAAGUGUGAUAGCUGAUGUGACCGUGUUCGUCAUCAGGAAUGUCAAUGCUCCAGUCUUCCUUCUUCAGCCAUAUCAGACAACAAUCUCUGAGUACCAUGUUGUAGGCUCUGAGGUGCUCAAUACUACAGCUGUGGAUCUGGAUGGGGAUGUGCCACUGUACUCCUUUGUGAACCCAUCAAAUCAGUUUGCCGCCAAGUUCUAUAUUGACCCUCGUAAUGGAAUCAUCUACCUGAGGAGCACAAUGGAGAGGACCCCUAUCACUCUCUUCAAUGUGACCAUCUCAGCAUCGGAUCAAAGACUUGUGUCUCCCAAAAGUAGCAGUACAUAUGCUGAAAUACGAGUGGAUCUAGAUGACACCCCACAGUUCACCCAGAACCCAUAUAGUCAACAGAUUGAGGAGAGCUUUACUGUUGGCACCUCAGUCACAACUGUCCAGGCCAUUGAUGCUGAUAGAGAGGGUGAAAUUCGUUAUGGUAUUGAUGGUCUCUACCCAGCUGAAUCCUUCUUCAGCAUUGAGCCCCAGACUGGCGUAAUAUCUCUCCAACAGGACAUCAAGAAUGAGCCCCUGCAGCUGUCCAGAUACACUCUCCGAGUAUUUGCUUAUGAUACUGCACACCCUACCCGCCGAGGAUCAUCCUCCGUGCUUCUGAACCUGGUCCGAGAUCCCAAUGCUCCACGCUUUAUCCCAAAUGAUCAGUAUGAAGCAACUGUAAAUGUGGACUUGCCAAUUGGAGGAAGAGUUGAAAAUACCACUGCAAUUGAUCUUGAUGGAGACAAAGUGACAUAUCGUGUGGUAAAUACCUUCACCAACACACUGAAGUACUUCUAUCUGGACCCAGAAACCGGUGAUGUCCAUGUCCGUGCUCCACUCACAUCAGCACCUGAGAACUUCUAUAGUAUGGUGAUUGAGGCAUCUGAUGGCCGUGGAGGAACUGCCAAUGCAACAGUUACAAUAGAGAUCAACCGACCACGUAACCGUAAUCCCACUUUUAUUGGCCAGCCAUAUAAUGCCAAUAUCCUUGUUACUCAACCAGCCAACACGUAUGUGACGAGAGUCUCGGCAACAGAUCCAGAUCUUCAGGGGAGUAUUGAGUAUGAGGCAGUUGGCGUGUACCCAGCUCCUGACUUCUUCCGUCUGAAUAAGACCACUGGAGAAAUACAUGUGUUGAAGAACCUCACUACUGACAGCCUGAGAACAUCCAGAUACACACUCCGUGUGCAAGCAUAUGAUACAGCAUUCCCAAAUAUGCGUGCCAGUGAGGAUGUGGUCAUCUUUGUAAACCUCAAUCCAAGCACCCCAGUAUUUGCUGAAGGAGAGUACAGAAUCACCAUUCCUGAGACCUAUCCAAUCAACAGCAUGCUGCUGACAGUCAACGCCUCUGAUGCUGAUGGGGACUCCAUCCAGUACUACAUUCUUCAAGAUACUGAGGGCCAGACAGCUUCUAGAUACUUCUCUUUGGGAACCACUUCUGGCAUCGUCUUUACCCGCAGUAACUUACAAGCCCCAGGAACAGCUAACUUCUUCAGGUUUGCUGUACAAGCAAUCGACAAUGGGUCCCCUCGUCGAAUAAGUCAAGCAUAUGUUUAUGUUACCAUUGAACGAGAUGCUGGUGCUCCAAUAUUCAGCCAGGUUGAAUACCAGACAAACAUCCCAGAGAACACUGCAGUAAAUGACACACAACCAGUCCUUACAGUAUUUGCUAAUGACGCAGACAGAAAGGGAACCGUGAAAUAUGUGAUUACUGGUGAUGGCCUGGGAAUGGCUUUCUUCUGGAUGGAUGAAAAUAAUGGAAGACUAUAUGUCAGACGCCCACUCACAUCCACAUCAACUUCCAGAUUUGAUAUGACAGUUGCAGCGUACGACUCUGAUUUCCCCCUGAACAGAGGGACAGCAAGAAUAACCGUCUAUGUUGACCGUAAUGUUGGGGUACCUCAGUUCACCUCCCCUCAGUACAGUGCUCAAGUGUUUGAGUUCACCAACACAGGAACCUCAGUACUUCGUGUGAAUGCAUCAGACAGUGAUGGGGACACUGUGCGGUACAGUAUGGUUCUGCCUAAUGAUCAGGCUCAGACAUACUUCUUCAUCGAUGAUCGAACUGGUGAAAUCUAUGUUAGGAGAUCCUUGUCUCUCAACACCCAGUCCCAAUAUGUGUUCCAAGUUCGUGCAAGUGAUCAGAGAGAUCCACCAAGGGUGUCUGAUACUCAAGUUGUUAUACAAGUUGUGAGGGAUGCCCGACCACGCUUCGUGGGCACACCAUACUUCGCUAGUGCAUCUGAGACAAACGCUGUGGACACAGUCAUCUUUGAUGUCAAUGCAAUAGAUGAUAAUCUAAGGGGUCAGCUAGUCUAUGAAAUCGUUGGAGACAUCCCAGCUCCAAGCUAUUUCAAGAUCAACUCAACAACUGGAGUCAUCUCUGUCCGAUCAAAUCUCACAACUGUUCAGACCCGGCAGUUCACACUUCGUGUGUCUGUCUACGAUUCAGAGAUCCCAUCAGUGCGUAAUACUGAAACAGUCACCAUUGGGGUGAAUGUCAACAGCAAUGCCCCCAAGUUCACCCUCAACCCUUAUGUCAUCAAUAUCAGUGAAGACAAGCAAGUUGGAACCCUUGUCACCACGGUCACAGCUGUAGAUCCAGAUGGGGACAGAGUAACCUACAAUCUUGAGGCCACCACAAAUGCUGGCAGCUAUUUCUUCCUUAAUGGAGCAACUGGAGAUGUCUUCCUCAUACGCUCUGUGCAGAAUAUCCCCACCACGCAGUUCACGCUGCCAGUGCGGGCAUUUGACAGACCAAUUCUGACCCAGGAAGAUCGUAGCCAAGUCAUCAUCAACAUUCAGAAGGAUCAAUUCCCGCCAGAGUUCCUUGGAACCCCCUACGUUGCUAGUGGAGUGUCAGAAACUGGCUCUUUGGGAACAAUCAUCUACAGUGGUGUAACAGCAAGAGAUCCAGAUCUGAAGGGCUCCCUUGUGUAUGAAGCCACAGGUAUCUACCCUGCACAGACCUUCUUUGGUGUCAACAGAAACGAUGGCAGAAUCAACAUUACACAGGAUCUGAAGAAUGAUGGUUUAGGACGUGAUUCUUACACUCUUCAAAUAACUGUGUAUGACAGCCAGGUGCCUGAUGUCCGUGUGACUGAAACUGUGCAGAUCAACGUAGUGCGUAACGCCAACAGUCCGCAGUUCUCGCAGUCGACCUACACAAACACCAUACUGGAGACUCACCAGUUGGCAGUGCCUGUCAUUAAUAUAAAUGCAACUGAUCAGGACAGGGAUACUGUCAUUUAUCAACUGACAUCUGAUCUGAAUGGUGCGGAUGGCCUGUCCUACUUCUAUAUUGUGAGGGAAACUGGAGUUAUCUACCCUCGAAGGCAACUCCUGGGCUUAGGAGGACGCACAUACACGAUGAAUGUGAGGGCUACAGACAGUGGCCGUCCUGCAAAGAGCUCUAAUGUGAAUGUCAAUAUUAUCAUCACUGGCAUCCAAAGGCCAUCCUUUGGCAGCAACAGAUUCGACACAACUGUUCGAGAAGAUCGUCCAGUCACUACCAACAUAUAUACUUUGUCCGCCAGCAAAGCUAAUAUUGCUGGAACCAUGGUUUAUGAAGUCCAAGGAGAGGGUCUAGCCCCAUACUUCUUUGCCGUCAACCAGACAACUGGCAUUGUGUCAAUUCGCAGGGACCUCCGCUCAGGGCGUGAUGCACAAUACACUCUUCGUGUUCGAGCCUAUGACUCUGAGUUUCCUACAUUCUGGGUUGAGAGUACAUUGGUGAUCACUGUGACAAGGAAUCCAUCAUCUCCAUUGUUUAUCGGAGGACCAUAUGUCUCCACCAUUCAGGACAACGCAGGUCUUGGUACCACUGUUACUAAUCUAGUCAGUGCACAGGAUGCAGACCAAAAUGACAAGUUGACUUUCACCAUCACUGGAGAUGCACGAUGCCAGGAAACCUUCUACAUGAAUCCUGACACUGGCGUGGUCCUCCUCAGCAAGAACCUACGUGUGGCCACUACUCCCAGUUUCACCUGUAGCAUCCAAGUAACAGACAAUGGCUUCCCGACUGCCAAUGUAGAUACUACAACACUUCAAGUCACUGUCGGCUCAAUCCAGUUCCCCCAGUUUACACAGAAUGAGUAUUUUGCCACGGUUGAUGAGAAGAACCCUAUCAGUACAUUUGUUGUUGAUGUACAAGCUACAAAGACUCCACCGGGUAACAUGGUGUAUGAGGUUGUUGGAGAAUACCCAGCACCGACAUUCUUUGGUGUCAAUAAUCGUACUGGUAGAGUUACUGUUAUCAGUGAUCUACGACCAGACGGCAACCGUGAAUACAAGCUCCUGGUGGCUGGUUAUGAUUCCUUGUACCCAGAUCUGAGAAGCACCUCUACAGUCCGCAUCACUGUAAACAGAAAUGGAUUUGGCCCUGAGUUCAGCCCUCCCAGUGUUACCCUGGAGUUGCCAGAGACAACCAGCACAACCUCUUGGUCUCGGCCAAUCAAUGUCACAGACAGGGAUAGUACUGUCACAACCUGUGAGAUCAGUGGCACUGCCAAAGCACAAGAAUUCUUUGCUGUCGAUUCCCGCACUUGUUUGCUGACUCUCAAGAAGAACUUGACAGCCGACACUGACCGUACAACGAGAUAUGAUAUCACAAUUCUUGCUAAAGACAAUGGAAAUCCUGCUCGAACCGGUACCACACUGGUGACAGUGAACGUUCCACGUGACACAGCCAUUCCUAUAAUCCGUAACCUGCCUGCAUCAGUAACCAUUGAGGAGUCUGCACAACCUACAGACCUUGUGUAUACCUUGGACCCAUUUGAUGCUGAUCAAGACGGGAAUGUACGAUGCCAAAUGACUGGAGAUUGGCCUUCAUCCACUUUCUUCACUCUUGAUGGUGCUACUGGACAAGUAAGGAUCAACAACUCUCCAAAACUUGAUACUGUCAGCAGGGAUGAAUACAAGGUACGGGUUCAGUGUUAUGAUACGGCCUGGCCACUCAAUAAGGCAGAGGGUGUGCUCACCAUCAACGUCCGACGCAACCCUGCCUUCCCUGUAUUUACCAACACCCCAUACACAAGGAGCAUUCCUGAUACCUUCCCCUUGGGCAACACAGUCUUACAACUCUCGGGACAGGACUCGGAUGGGGAUGCUGUAACCUUCAGCAACCAAGGUAGUGACACUGACAAGAGCUUUUUCUAUGUCAACCCAACAACUGGUGUUGUUGUGCUGCUGAAAGAUUUGAGAUCUACUGACAGCACAUCAUUUGAGUUCCAAGUGCAAGUUUCCGAUGGUCGUGGAAAAACUGGUGAUGCUAUUGUGAGGAUAACAGUGACUAAGAACAGCGGCCCCCCUGUGUUCAGCAAUCGUCCAUAUAACACGAGAAUCCCAAUCACACAGCCAGUUGGAACUCGUGUACUCUCCCUCUCCGUCAGUGACCCAGAUCGUGUGGGAACAGUUGUUUGCCAACUUGAGGGCUAUGAACCUGGACAAACCUACUUUGAGCUAAACAAUGUUACUCAUGCCAUCACUGUUCGGGCCAACCUAACUCAAAACCUACAACCGGAUGUCAAUUAUGUGCUCCUAGUGAAGUGUUUUGAUUCUGGUAAUGCUGGUGAAGUGUCUUACACUACUGCAACCAUCACAGUUGACCGCAAUCUGGCCAGCCCACGAUUUUCACCUACUCAAUACACAGCUAACCUCAAUGACUAUGACCCUAAAGGAACAAACGUUGUUGCUGUCACUGCCACUGACAGUGAUCCAUUGGCCCCAGAGAAUCAAAUCAUGUUCAGCCUGAGUGAUGGAAGCCGUGCUGCCAAUGACUACUUCACAGUUCACCCCUUCACUGGUCUGAUCACAGUCAGUAGGCGUGUGUCUGAAGAUCCUACCACACAGAACAGAUACAUACUGUAUGUGGUUGCUCAAGACACAAGCUCCACACCUAGGAGUUCCACUGCAACUGUGACUGUCAUAGUAGCCCGCAACCAGGCGCCAGUGUUUGUGCGAGAGGAUUCCUACAACAAUGUGGUUGACGAGGAGGCUCCUGUUCUCAACUACACUAUCCUCACUGUCUCAGCCUCAGAUUCUGAUGAUCCUACUACCCUCAAUGGCCAAGUACGAUACAGCAUCCUCAGUAGUGGUGCCAACCGGGUAUUCCAGAUAAACCAAGUGACCGGUGCCAUUUCUCCACGUAUUGACCUUCGCCGCAUCACCCAGGCUAUCUGGAGGUUUGAUGUCCAAGCUACAGAUGCUGGUAUCCCUCCUUUGUCUGACACUGCUGCUGUUACUUUGACAAUCUCCAAGUUGGGGCUGCCAUCUUUCACACCCAGUGAAGUGGAAGUCAAUAUCAACGAAAACCGACCCGUCAAUGACAGCAUUUUCACCAUCACAGCAACAGAUCCGAUUAGUGGGAGUGUAUUGCAGUAUGAGUUGAGGGGAGAUGGUCUUGGGCCAAAUUUCUUCAGUAUCAACCGACAAACAGGGCAGAUAACUGUCAGCAGGCCACUUAUUGAAGAUACACAGAAGGUCACCGUUUACACUCUGAGAGUUGUAGCCUUCAGACAGUCCAACACGGCCGAAACAACUACGGCCAUUGUGAGAGUCAAUGUCUUGAGGAAUCCAAAUGCACCUGUUUUCCCUAACCAAAACCUGGUGUUUAACCUGCCAGAGGAUCAGGCACUGGGUGUUGAGUUUGGAAGGAUAAAUGCGACAGAUUCUGACACAGGUGACAACGGUCUUCUUGAUUUCUCCAUUGAUACAACUGGUGUUACACCAUCAUAUUCUUAUGGUUAUUUCUUCGUCAACCCCACCACUGGUGCAUUGUCUGUGAUUACAAGAUUGUCCGAAGACAGUAACACCCAGAGAUAUCUGUUUAAUGUUAUGGCCAUUGACCGUGGAUCGCCACGGCGUACUGCAUCGGUGACAGUGACAGUUAACGUUGCUCGCAAUCCAAGUGCACCAGUCUUCAAUCCUAAUUUGUACGAAAGAACUGUUCCUGAAGUGACCAGUGAGGGCACAAGCAUAGUAGAUGUUAAUGCUGCAGAUCCUGAUGGGGACACAGUGACCUACACCAUCCUCCAGGAGCCACCAGAUAGCUAUUACUUCAAUAUUGUGCCAUCCACUGGCCUCAUCACAGUUGCCAGACCUUUCACUCAAGACCUGCAGGAUCGAUAUAUUAUCCGAGUUGUUGCUAGUGAUGGCCGAUCCUCCCCUAGAUCUGAUACUGCAACUGUCACUGUGAAUAUAGUGAGAAACCCCAAUCGCCCUGUGUUCAAUCCACACAAUAAUAGUGUGGAUGUGUCCGAGUACAAAGCUAUACUGACAGUCAUUACUACAAUUAGAGCCACUGAUGCGGAUAGUGAUUCUACACUUGGUGGUCAGCUGCGUUAUUCUAUUUCUGGCGUGAGCCCUAUCAGUGCCAAUGAUUACUUCAUCAUCAGUCCUACAUCUGGUGAUAUCCUCCUUGCAAAGCCUUUGGCUAAUAACAUUUCACCAAACCGAACUGAGCUCACCAUACAAGUUACAGAUAGGGCCACUAAACCCAAAACUGCCACUACCACCCUUGUCAUCAACACCAUAAGGAACAUGUAUGCACCUCAGUUCCCAACAGCAUUUAUCUUUGCUAAUGCCAGUGAACGUGAUGCCAUAGGCAAAGUCAUCGCAAAUUUAACAGCCACAGAUGCUGAUGCCGAUGUCCCAUUGAAUCAGUUGACACCAAAUGCAGAAAUACAAUACCGUAUCAUUGGUCCAUCUUCGAUUGUGCGAUAUUUUGGAGUAGCUUCUGAUGGCAACAUUUUCAUUAAUCAACCACUGACCAAUGAUAACAACGAAGGAAACUACGUACUUACCUUUCUGAUUGAGGCUACUGACCGUAGUUGGAACCGGAAAUACUCGCAAAUCAACGUGACAGUCAGCAUCACCCCAAUUAAUGUGGUUCUUGGAGACCUUGGCUUCAUUCAACCUGUAUAUUACCAAGAAAUUCCUGAAAAUGUCCAGAACAAGACUGUGCUGUUCUUGGAUGUUGUGAAUCAGCAGAACAAUGAAGUCACGUGUUCCAUCAUUAGUGGUGAUGAAGUAGAGACUGGUUUAUUCACUACACAGCCAGAUACUGAUAAGAAGAACUGCUACUUAGUGUUGAUGAGGAAUCUGGACAGGGAACAGAGAGACAUCUAUAAGCUGAGAGUGAGAGUCACACCAAGUCCAAGCAGAAACAAACGAGCUAUUGGUACUGACAAUGCAGCUGUGCAGACCUACAAUUCCUGGAGAGUCGCAGAUAUUAUCUUGAUAGUCACUGAUGUCAAUGACAAUAAUCCAAUUUUCAAGUACCAAGAUGUCCCGAUAAGUGGCUACAAUAAGGACCAAUACUAUGGAGCCAUCUCUAUCCAGGCUAAACCUGAUGAACAAGUUCUCAGAAUCAAUGCUACUGAUAAGGAUAUAGGUCCUAAUGGUAUGGUGACCUACAGCCGGGACAUGUCACAGCAGACUAUUCCACCCUUCGGGGUCACAACAACUGAGGGCAUUAUCUUCACCACUGCUGAGUUUGACCAAUCUCCAACUGCACCAAGACGAAUCACAUUUGGUGUACAGGCUCAAGACAACCCAACACAAGAGGCUGCUAGAGUCUCCACUACCACAGUUGUGGUUAACCUAAUUGAAGAGUACAAUAGAUUUGUACUUGUUAUGGAUAAAACGCGGGCUAAUGAAAUCAUUCCCAAAAGUGAAAUGAUUAGAAAAUCAUUACAGGAGGCUCUUGGCUACCUGGCUCUCAUAGAAAGAAUAGAAGGCAAAAGAACACUGCAAAACCAGAAUGAUAUCCAAACAGAAAUGGAGUCAACCGAUAUUGUGUUUGUUCUGGUUGGAAACCAAGAUGACUACAAUUAUGCACUUCUCAACAAUACAAACCAAGCUAUUCGAGACAGAAUACUGUCAGAUGACACUCGGUCGAAAUUGAAUAUUCGUAUUGGGACGGACACUAGCUUUAACGUUGAGCGUCUGCGACUGCCAUACCCACAAGCUUCCCUGAUCCGCACGAUGGUGACCAAGUCCUACAUCUGGUGGAUGGAUGACCCAUGGGCAGCACUUAUUGCUCUGGCUGCCAUUAUCAUUCUACUCAGUAUUGUGGGAAUCAUCGUCAUUGUCUUCUCCUACUCAAGGUAUAUGAAAUUCAUCCAGCAGUACAGACUUUAUCAACACAACUAUGGUGAUGCCCCAGAAUUUGUAGAACCACCAAGCUUCUUACGAGAAUAUGAAACUCAGAGUUUGAAUAUGUACGUCCCACCUGAUGAGCAAAUUCAGAGUGUUGGAGAGAUCAACAUGACGUUUGAAGGUGACACAAUGAAGGGAGCAAUGCAUACUAACCAUGGGGAAGAUGUGGCAGCAGUUGUUAAUCCAAUCUUCCAAGGAGAAGGCCAAGGUCAGCAGCAGCUCUCCUACAAUGAAAGCACAACAAUAUUGUAACAUGUAACCUCAGUCUUGCCGCCAACCUUGAAUUUGACCUUUGACACCAUGACCUUUCAAAAGAAACAAUCUUGAUUUAUGAUGUUCACAAAAAAUCCAUGGACUUAGAAUAGCUGGAUUUACUUGUGGUGCUAUGUUCAACCAAAUCACCUAUACACAGCUGUAACAACCUGGAGGAAAGGUCACACAAAAUACACAUUUUUUAUAUAUGGUUUGAUACAUAUAUGUAUGAUUCUAAAAGUGCUGUGUCAUCUGUUGAACAUUGAAGUCUCCCUCUAACCAUUGUACAUGAGCUGAAUCAUAUCAGCACUGCUGCAGCAUCAUGCCUUGAUGAUAUUACUGAUCUCUGUCAAACAUAACAUAUGUAAUUCAAACUUCUAUAUCAGGGCUUUUACAUUAACUUUCUUCAUUUUUAUACCAAGACAAAAAUACAAUUAUAUUGUUGCUUAAAGUGUUUAAAUGAAAAGUGAAAAAAUAAAAUAUAAAAAGAAUUCAAAACAUGCAGUGAAGAGAUCUGUGUGUGUCAUGAUUGUUAUUGUCCCACAGUUGUUAAUGUUUGUAUGACUGUAAAUUAGACAUGUUGACACUGGCACUAUGUAUAUAAGGUAAAGUGUUGUGUACAGAUACAUUGCCAUUGUCCACAUUGUCUCUAUCAUUUCCUAUCCAUUAGAUUUGUACAACUUUUAUACAAGUAUGAUAUAUUAUAUAUACAUGAAUAAAGAUUCUAUUUCUAUAAAAGAA